CGAGAAGAUUGCAAGGUACACCACCUCUAUCCUCAAGCCAGUGGGAUUGCUAAUGAGUUGAUGGGUAGACUUCUCUCCGAGUCUGGAUUCUUGUGAUGAUACCCCCACGAUGCGUUUGAUCGAUCCAUGUUCACUGAUUGCCCCGGCGUUGGGUCACUCUUGGCUAUGCUAUGGUAAUGAGAUCAAGACGCUGUUCUUAUUCGGCGUAGGCUACUUUGUUCUGCAGCAUUUCUGCGUAGGGAUUGGCGCUGCUUGGAUUGUGCUUGGAAAUACAGCACGGGCUGUAGGCUCUGACCUCUGGUAGCAUAUUCUAUCUGGCUCAAUAUACACGUCUGAACCGUUCUCUAGACGACGCGAUGCGACGCUGGAGGUUGGUAGUGGCCGACUGAACGGCCCUUUAUAACUCUGUUUGAUUUUCUGGUCUGCGCGCAUUGUGCACGAGGUCACGGACAUGAGUAGUCGACGCACAUGAUUAUUCUU